CCUUUUUUUUUUCUCCCUCCAGCUCGGUUCACAGUGCUGCCGGCCGGCACGAGAAACCAUGCCUCCUUGGCCUCGCCGCCUACUCCUCCUUGCCGCAGUCGGCGCGCUGUGGGCCGGCGCACCGGCGUCCGCGGCGGCCUCGUGCAAGGCAUGGCUGGUGCAGUCCGUCCCCACCGACAUGCCCCACCUCCGCCGCGUUCCCGGGGUCCUCUCCACAGCGGACGUGUUCCAGUGGCUCUCAGGGAAUGCGACCAAGAACCUGGAUAUCCUUGCACAAUACUGGCAGUUGUUAGCACAGCCUAAGAACCCCAAAUCAGGGGACUACGGGUUCUCCGAGAGUGACAUGGCACGAUUUGGGGCUGGUGAGGGGCUCCGGGUGUAUAAGGCUCUGGAGACAGCUGCAGAUCGUAAGGUCAAAAUCAGGAUUGUGCAGCACUCUGGAUUUGCUCCUGAUUUCGAUGAAGAGAGCGCUAAUCUCGCUGCAGGGAGACCAAAUGUUCAGAAUGUAACCUUACUUUUUGGUGAUUGGUGGGGCUCUGGCGUUCUACAUGCAAAAGUCUGGAUAUCUGACAAAAAAGAUGUGUAUAUUGGAUCUGCAAACAAUGAUUGGAAGUCCCUUACCCAGGUGAAGGAGCUGGGGAUUUAUUUUGCUGAUUGUCCAGAGAUAGCAAAAACCAUUGAAGUAUAUUUUGAAAAUCUUUGGACACUUUCGACACUCAAUUCAACUGCUUGCACCAAAAUUGCCUGGGAUAAGCAGUGGCAGACUUCUAGAAAAGUGCCAUGCUGGUCACACUUCCUACGUCCAGAACAAAGAUGCAGGUCACCUCUGCCACUUUCUGUUGAUGUCCCAUAUGUCGAUGGCUAUCCAUCACUUGCCAAUCCUGAAAUGCUUGAUGUUUUAAUUGAAACCCCUGGGCACAACAUAUCCACUCAAGAACACUACCUGAGCUAUCUUUCAUUUGCUCCACCUGAGCUGUCAUUCGACAAGUUCCAGGCAGACGAGCAAGGUUGGGUCGACACCAUCAAAUCUGUCAAUUCUGGGGGAAUUGUGCGGAUAAACACUAUGGACUGGCUUGGACAAUCACAAUAUGCUACUCAAACAGUGUUCUGGCCAUCUUUGUCAACAGCAAUAUCAGAGAUAAUUUUCUCCAAGAAUGCAACCGUGAGGCUCCUAGUCGCCUACUGGACACACUUCAUCCCCAACACCGAGAACUACCUGAAGAGCCUCCUAUACUCGAACACCCUGUGCACAUCCUCCAAAUACAACCACUGUGGAGGCAAGGUCGAGAUCAGGUACUACGUGGUGCCUGGGUACAAUGAGACCGGGCAGGCGACCGUGACAGGGAACCGCUACCCGGACUUCACCCGGGUGAACCAUGGCAAGUACGCCGUGAGCAACACGAGGGCAAACAUCGGCACCAGCAACCUCAUCUGGGACUACUUCUAUACCACGGCUGGGGUGAGCUUCGGGACGGGCAACCCUUCCAUUGUCUCGCAGCUGCAGGACGUCUUCGACGCCGACUGGGAUUCCCCCUACACUGUGCCAGUUAAACCGUUGGACCUGGAGGCGUCAGCGUAGGAUCAGGGAGGCGAUGAUCAGCUCAGCUCUUCUUUUCCGCCAACCCGCUGUCAGCGAAUAACACCGGUCUGUCGCUACGAGAAGGGGAACCACACUUGACACACACGGAGAUUCUUCGAAUAAUUCGUCUCAUUGAUGAUUGUAACAUGCUUCAAAAAAAUGCAGGAGCGCAAAGCAAGGCGUGGCAUUCUGUCAAAAUCUUCGAAGAAGUAAAAGUGCCUGCACUCCCGGAAAGCAAACCACCCUGAACUAACUGAAUUGAGAAGCCAUGUGACACAGGAAACAGCAUCCUGUAUCUGCAGACUUGCGGUGUUGUCCUGGAUGAAGCUAGCUAGCAGCCAUCGUUUUCCCGGAGAUCAUCGGUCGAGGAAUGCUUCGCUGGCUGGCUGGCUACUCGGUCGGUUGUUUGGCCCGGACAGAUACUCUCCAUAGCAGAGCAGAGCAGUGCAGUGUCCUAAUCUCAGGUGAGGGCAGCGACAGAGACACAGAACGGAUUACACGCCUCUGUGUAGUGUAACCAACUCCAACAACUCGGGCGGGUUUUAUGAGCUCGCAACCACUUCACAUGAUGAACAGGAGAAAACUUGCCACGUACACGUGACGGGAAGCCGCUGCACGUACGGGGAACGUGUCGAAACGCCGGUACACGGCUAGACUUCUGCUACAUUCUUACAGUCAGAGAGGCCUACUUACUUUGUGCUAAACGGUGAGAUCUUUUGCACGGUGAGGACGACGGACUCUCUCACGUUCGCUGGCGGCGUCAUGUCAUCCGCGAUUUGGUUUUGUAGGAGUAUAUAAGCGAACCGUAUGUAAGUAAGGCUUAGCACAUGUGGGAUAGCGAAUAUUGUCACUGGUACGCUCCACUUCACUUGCAGAGAAAUAAUAAAGCUUACUAAUCGCAGUUUAUCUUUUA